AUGUUCUCACUCUCGUCCUCCAAAACGUUGACACGGUUGGCCUUGGCCUUGGCCACCGCAUUGCUCGGUCAACUUGUGUCAGCCGACCUAGCUCUGUGGUUUGACGACUCGAUCAAGCUUGCCGACAUCGCAACCGCAGGCAUAGUAGCUACGGAUGAAAAGACACGCGAGUAUCUGGACGGCUUCUUCAGCAUUGGGCCAGGCGGUGACACGUCGACUGUUUCUCUUUUUGUUGGCCGAGUUCAGAAAGUGCUCAGCGGUCAGCAGAUCCGACCUGGUGGUAAACCAUGGCUCCUUUGCCACAGUACCUGGCUCGAAAAGCAAGCGUGGGAUGCAGUGCUCAAAAAUGCGGAUGGGAGUCCUCAGGAGGGCGGAAAGACUGUGGAGCAUGAAUAUGAACCAACGGAUGAGCAAAAAAUAGAAAAGCAUCCGCUUUGGAGUACUGAGCUUGGCCACAUCUUCUUCAAGCCGGGGGACUACUGCGCUUUGCGAAAGAAGAAGAGCGACCCAUUUAACCAGGGCGCUACUCAGGAUCUCACUCAGCCAAAUACUGUCACGCUCUGUAUUAAUAACUUUCCAAUAGUAAUAGCAGUAUAA